GCGGUAAAUGUACUGCUGUCGGUCGCCUGCUCAGCUUUAUUAGCCGGCGACUCCACUUCCAUCCUUCUUUAUCGUCCUCUGAAAUUUUCUUUGUUUCGCGUUUUCUCUCCGACGCGAUCUAGCUCUGUUUCACGGUCGUUUUCUCUUUGUUUCAUGCGCCAAAAAUAAAAUAAAAUAAAAUGAUCCGAUUUACAUUUAGGGUUUCGCUCUUCUUGCUGUUCUUCCUCCUCCUUUCUCCCUCGAGGUCCUUCUCGGUUUCUCCGCGGCCGGUUGUCUACCCCAACCGAUCAAAGCAGCUCUCAUGGAGACCCAGGGCUUUCAUCUACGAAGGAUUCCUGACGGACGAAGAAUGCGAUCAUUUAAUCUCUAUUGCGAAAUCAGAGCUGAAAAGGUCAGCGGUGGCUGAUAAUUUGUCGGGGAAGAGCAAAUUGAGCACUGUCCGGACUAGCUCUGGGAUGUUCAUUAGCAAGGGGAAGGACCCAAUUAUAGUUGGUAUAGAGGACAAGAUUGCGGCAUGGACAUUUCUUCCAAAAGAAAAUGGCGAGGACAUACAAGUCUUAAGAUAUGAACAUGGGCAGAAGUAUGAUCCCCACUAUGAUUACUUCUCUGACAAGGUCAAUAUUGCUCGUGGUGGUCAUCGUAUUGCCACUGUACUUAUGUAUCUCUCUGAUGUGGCUAAAGGGGGUGAAACUGUGUUUCCCAGAGCUGAGAAGUCCCAACAUCGUGGAGAGCGUGCAGAGGAUGAUGAUUUGUCAGAAUGUGGCAGGCAAGGAAUCGCAGUCAAACCACGGAGAGGGGACGCCCUUCUUUUCUUCAGUCUUCACCCAGAUGCUACUACAGAUGAGAACAGCCUCCACGCUGGAUGUCCUGUGAUAGAAGGUGAGAAAUGGUCUGCAACAAAAUGGAUUCAUGUCGACUCCUUUGACAAGACUGUGGGAAGCCAAGGCAAUUGCACGGAUGAGAAUGAAAGUUGUCAAAGGUGGGCUGCCCUUGGAGAAUGUACGAGGAAUCCAGAGUACAUGGUGGGAACUGCGGAGUUGCCAGGUUACUGCAGGAGGAGCUGUAAUGUGUGUUAGCAGCACAUUUUCUUUCUGCUUAGAAGCCUUUAUAAGUUCCCCUAUGAAUUAUUCUGUGAAUCCACGCGUGCUGCCAUUUAUUAUCUUCUUCCACAUAUAUUCAGUCCUGCCUCAGCGGAUUAUCAUUAUCAUACAAGACGAGUCACCUCUGUAUUUAACUAUUUACUAAAUCCCCUUUUAUUUUGUGAUGAUAAGUUUGCUUAGAAUGCAUGGAAGCUUUAGUGUUUUGAGUUUAGAAAAUGGAGAUGGGUUCAUACACUUUCUGAUAGCAGAGUAUUUCAGGUCGUCUUGUCAUGUAUCAUUUGAAAUAGUCAGGAUUUGAUUUAUACGUAAAGAUAUUUAGUGGUGGAUGUUAUAAUGAUCUUUGAUUAUGUUUGUUGCA